AUGGCGCCCUCCGAGACCAUCCCGUCGACGACAUCGGACCCCGUCGACCUCACCUCAACACCUCACUCCCUAGCUCGCGCCGUCUACGCGCGCCGUGCAGAAUACGUGCGCCCACAUCGCAUCCGUGUGAAGAUCGGAACAUGGAACGUGGCGGCGUGUCCCGGCACCGACAAGGACCUCGCGAGCUGGUUCGUUGACGGGUACGGCCUCGACACGACCCUUUCGAAGCUUGAUGUAUCCGACCACGACACGGUAGAGACGAACCCUUCGGCCGCCACCAGCCAGGAAUCGGACGGUGCGGACCCCAGCGCUUCUGUGCACCUGGUCGGAGGGGACAAGAUUGGGCUGUACGUCCUGGGCUUGCAAGAGAUAGUCGAUCUGAACAUGGCGAGGGACUACAUGACCCGCAUAUCCUCUGACCCGGCGCCGAUGAAGAAGUGGAAGGAAGCGCUCGAGGAGGCCAUGCCCGACGGGUACGAGCUUGUCGCCGCGGAACAAAUGUCUGGCUUGCUGCUGCUGGCAUACGCCUCCCCGGAAGUUGCCCCCACGAUCAGCAACGUAAGCACCGUCUCUGUCGGGACCGGUUUGUUUGGGUACCUCGGAAACAAGGGUGCCGUGACGACUCGGAUGCUCCUCGGCGAGACCACACGAAUGGUCUUUGUCAACUGUCACCUUGCUAGCGGCUCGGAGCAGACUUACUUGGACCGGAGGCUGUGGGAUGUCGGCCAGAUCUUGACCCGGACACAGUUCGACCCCAUCAACUUGGCCGGCGAGAACGAUGCCGACGCGGAGAAGAUUGGCGACGAGGACUUCGCCUUCUGGCUGGGCGACUUAAACUUCCGUGUCGAUGGCCUGCCUGGCAACGACAUCCGGCGACUGCUUUUGCUGCACACCCGCGGAGAGUACGAUCUGGACAAGAAGGGUCGCAAGGUCAUCGCAGGCGAGGAGGUGUACGUAGUGAAGAGCUCAAAGGGAGUUGACAGUGACGAUGACACCUCUACCGUCGACACAAGCCUAUCAUCGCCCAGCUUCGACGACUCGGUCAGCUCCUUGCCAGACCCCGACGACUUUCUGCCGGAUCCGAGCGACGACCCUACCUCAUUACAAGCGACACUGGACUCCCUUUUACCGCAUGACCAGCUGCGGAGGGUGAUCAAAGAGAAGCAAGCCUUCCAUGAUGGAUGGCGAGAAGGGCCCAUCACGUUCUUGCCAUCGUACAAGUACGACGUCGGUACCGUCAGCCUGUUUGACUCGAGCGAGAAGCAAAGAGCUCCAAGUUGGUGCGAUCGCAUAUUGUACAGAACAAGGAAGGACAGGGAAGAAUACGAGCAAAGGGUGAAGGAUGCAGAGGAGGCGAAGAAGAAGGAUGAGGAGAUGACGGCGCGGGGUAUCGACCAUGCGACGGAUGACGACGACGUCCUCUUCAGUUACGACCCCGAUGCUGACGGCGAGGAAAUGCCCAUCGGAGAAGCCGGCGUCGAUUACGACGAGUACGAAGAAGAUGAAAACGAGCCGGAAGAGGUUGUGACGAAAGAAGGAUUCACGGACAGGAUACAGCUCGACAUAUACACCUCGCACCAACGGAUCAUAUCUUCAGAUCAUAAGCCUAUCAUUUCCGUUUUCACCCUCGACUACGACGCUGUGGUUCCCGACCUCAAGGCCAAGGUCCACGCCGAAGUCGCAAAGGACUUGGACCGCGCCGAGAACGAAGGGCGACCCCUGAUCACGGUCAUCCUGGACAACCCUGGAAAGCAACCCAAGGGCGAAAGUACGUCCAUGGGUCUCAGCGAAGCUGUUGACUUGGGCGACAUUGGCUUCCGCAACAGACACGCCGCCACCUUGACAAUAGCAAACACUGGGCGGGUGCCGGCCAAGUUCGCCUUUGUCGAGAAGCCCACGAUAGAAGAAGACUCGGAUGAUUCCAGCCCACCGGCUUGGCUCAGCUCGUCUUUCAGGCGGACAGGCAACCAUGAAAACAGCGAGGAUUCACCAGAUCUCGGUAGUGAGGUCACGCUGGAGCCGGGCGAGACGGUAAGCGGUGUCUUGGAGGUCUAUGUCAGCGACAUAUCUCACGCACGAGCCCUCAACGACGGCCGCGCCUCACUGGAAGAUAUCCUAGUGCUCCGGGUGGAAGACGGCAGAGACCACUUCAUCCCCGUUCACGCUUCAUGGCUCCCAACGUGCUUCGGCCGCUCCAUCGAUGAGCUCAUCCGCAUUCCCGACGGUGGCAUCCGAGCAUUUCUCAAGUCCAGAACAGAAGAGGGGUCCAGCUCCAUCCCGUACGACCUUGACGUCCGCUGCGCUGCCCCAAAGGAACUGUUCAAACUCACGGAAGCCGUGGAGACCAUGACAGCCCGCGCCAUUGCCGAUGCGAAUAUGAUUGAAGAGCACGUCGUUCCCGUCGACAGGCCCGGCUGGCCAUUUGACGAGACUACUUGGUUGUUCCAGGACAAAGAGUCCAGGGAAAGCCAGAUCGUCGCCCUGAUUGAGGCGCUCGACAACGACCGGCCCCUACUCGACGCACUUCCCGUCGAAGUACCGUCCCUUCACCGUCUCGAAGUUCUCGCCGAGGUCCUGCUCCUCUUCCUUAGCGGCCUCACCGACGGCAUCAUCACUGCUGCCCUCUGGGCCAAGAUCGAGCUCGCCCUCCCCCACCUCGGUACCACGGCGGUGCGAUCGUCCACCGAGGUCGAAGACGACAAGACCUCAGUUCUGGACAUCCUCGCCAUGGCACCGAAUCACAACAUCGCGUUUGUCUUUCUCACGGCGACUCUGUCCAAGGUCGUGGCGGAGCUGGCGCCCAUCUCCAGGUCCGAGGUCGAGGCGCUGACGCUGCCGAAGCCCAACCGUCGGAGCUUGAGUUUCAGGAGGCUGACGGGCGGGAACGCGGCCGCGGACGCGGCGCUGGCGAGGAGGAGGGCGCGAGAGAGGAGGGUGGGCGAGGUGCUUGGCAAGGCAGUCUGCCGGGUCGGUCUGCCGGCCAAGGACAAGGAGAGAAAGGCGGUCGAGGAGAAGAUGAGGGGGACGCUGGAAAUCUUCGUGAGGAGGCCGCUCGAGGAUGGUUGA